GGGAUGCAUGAGAGAAAGGAUUAGAUUCAGAGUGGUGGAUGCCUGAAGGAACUUAAGAAGACUCUCCUCAGAUACCGGAUGAAAUAAGGAUGGGUACAUUCGUGACCCUGGCAGAAGUAUUGGAGGCCCGGGGUUCACCACUGGAUGAGGAUGAAGUCUGGUGUCUGCUUCUUGCCACAACUGAGGCCUUACUGGACAUUCCCAAAAAAGGUUCAGGUAACAUGUGCAGUGUGCUAAGCCCAGGCUCGGUGCUACUGUCAGCCAAUGGGAGUCUGGCCUUCAAGAGCUGUGCCCGACAUGAAGACGUGGCCUCUUUCACAGCUCCUGAAGUCCAACAGGGUCACAACGCCUCCACCAGGACUGCAGCCGAAAAGAUGGUUGUGUACUCGCUGGGGAUGACUUUUUACUGGUGCGUUGACUAUCAUCUACCUCAAAACCAGCCGGUCCACCUGAGUGCGGAGCUGGAGGGUUUACUGCUGAGUAUGUGCGAGGACGUGCUGGUUAGGCGGACCGACCUGCUGACAGUGCUAGAUACCUGCGAGCUUCACCACAAGGCCUCAUUGCUGCCUCCUGCUGAACGGCUCAUCAGGCAACUGGUAGAAGACGUCUACAGAAACUCAGUUGACCAUGUGUCCAUGGCUGAAAAUGGAUCCCAGCUAACAGACCGCAGUCAAAUGGUCAGGGACAGAUUACACAGAAGCUCUUUUAGUACCUCACCAUGGGCGCUGAAGAAGAAGAUUUCCAGGACAUUUUCCGGGCCAUCCUAUCCAUGCGAGCCUCCUGGGAUUCCCUCAGGACCUCGACACACAGAGUGCUACAGCAGUUGGCAGCAGCUGAACCGCAACCCCUGCAGUCCCUACAUGGAUGGCGGACGAAACGCCAACUCAAGAUCCAUCACGAGGUUUGAUUCCACAAUGAGUCUCAAUGACAAGAGAGUGAAGGACAUGGGUCCUGAGUUUAUUAAGAUGUCAGAUGAGCCGCUGGUUGUCUUGGAGCUGCCUGGAUCUAUCGUGUCAAAGAAGGGGAAAUCUGCAACCACUCAGAGAGAGCUGAGUGUGGUGAUGCCAAACGGUCAGAACAUCCUGGUCAAGUGUGAGGUGAAGUCCAGAGGAGGAGACGUCUUUGACAUGAUCGUGGCUCACUCCAACCUGAUAGAACAUUUCUACUUUGGCCUUGCUUAUAUCGAUGAUAAUGAGUUCUUCUUUGUGGACAACGAUACCAAGAUUUCCAAAGUUGCUCCAGAUAGCUGGAAGAAAGUGCCUACAACCACCCUUGUCCUUUUCUUCAGGGUCAAAUUCUUUGUCAAUGACAUUUCUCUUCUUUUGCACAAACAGACCCGACACCAGUAUUACCUCCAGCUCAGGAGAGACCUUUUAGAGGACAGACUGUCCUGCCAUGAGGAGACGGCUCUCUACCUGGGAGCUCUGGCCCUGCAGACGGAGUGUGGAGACUGCAUGCCCGAGGUGUAUGGUAGGAACUACUACCGCCCUGACCAGUAUGUCUCCAAGAGCGUGAUGGAGAAACGUGCCUUGCCUUACAUUCAGGGGGAGCUGCUUCGACUUCACACCAACAAUGCUCAGAUGCUCGCCGACGAAUCGGAGCUUGAGUUCCUCAAGGUGUGUCAGCAGCUGCCUGAAUAUGGCGUGUUGUUCCACCGCGUGACGCGUGAGAAAAAGCCUCUAGAGGGAGAGAUCCUCCUCGGGGUUUGUGCCAAAGGAGUCAUCGUCUACGAUGUCAAAAAUGGCUGCCGAUCCACCAGUCAGAGUUUGUACUGGAGGGAGACAUCUACGAUCUCCUCUAGUAGGCGUAAAUUUAUAGUAGAGUGCCGGGGCAGCAAGAAGAAGUAUACCUUCAUCACAGAGAGAUCCAAGAUAGCCAAAUAUCUGUGUAACCUCUGCUCAGCCCAACACAAGUUCAACAAUGAGAUGAACUCUCGCCAGCUCACCCACAGCCUGGUCUCAGAGGACAACAUCGUUCAGUAUGCCGCAGUGUGUCGUGCUCAGAGCAGCCGGCUCAAGUCUGUCUCCUGUUCAGAGACGCCACAGGACGACAGCGGUCUGACCACACCUCAGGAAGAGCCCAUGACCAAGCUGUGCGAUGAUGUCACAGCCAGGAUCGAGGCCCGCAUUAAACAGCGGCACCAGAGCCUCAAUGAGCAGAGUACCUGCUCCAGCAGUCAGCGCAGCAGCACUGGUAUGCGCUCCCCAUCCUGCUCUCAGCGGAGCGGAUCAGAAGCGCCUUCUGGCUCCCCAGCAGCCAGAGAAAGCCCAACAAAAAUAGGGUCAGUGUCAGAGAGAGAAGUUUUAUGCGUUUCUUUGAAAAAAGACCCGAAGCUUGGCCUUGGUAUAGUGAUAGUGGGAGAGGACACUGUGAGACAUUAUGAUUUGGGCAUCUUUGUUGCCUCCAUUGUGCCUGGCGGACCCGCCGCUAAGGAUGGACGCAUCAGACCAGGUGGUCGUCUGAUCUCUCUGAACCACAUCAGCCUGGAGGGCGUCACCUUCAGUGAGGCAGCGGAGGUCAUGCAGAGCAGCCCUGAGGAGGUGCAGCUCAUUAUCUCCCAGCCAAAAGUCCACCUUAGUCCCAUCAGUGUGCGGUCUCCUCCUGUGUUGAGGAAUUACGAGUCCCAGUCCACGCUGAUGGCAGACGGCCGAUCUGUAGACAAUGGUUUGGAUGACAUUGUGUCGGUCAUGAUGACGCCGAAGACCAGCAACAGGCUUAACGUCCCCCGAGAAGUACGCAUCUUCAGUGCACAGGAUGGCUGCUCUCUGUCUCCUCCUCUAAUCUGUGCAAGGCCCAAGGAGAUUACUGUAGAGCUCAGGAAGAUAUCAGGAAGUCUGGGCAUCAGCAUCUCCGGUGGUGUCAACACUAACGUUCCUAACGGAAGAAUCUACAUAAGAAGCCUUGUUCCAGGAGGAGCUGCUGAGAGAGACGGACGUUUGAUAGCAGGUGACAGACUGCUGGAGGUGGAUGGGAUUAGCUUCCAGGGCUUCACCUACCAUCAAGCAGUGGGAUGUCUGAGUAAAACUGGGCAGGUGGUAACCUUAGUGGUGGAGAGGGAGUCAGUAAAUCCACCACGUGUUGCCCUCAGUGAAGACACCAGCAGCAGCGUAUCAAACCAGAGCCUCAAUCGAGCUACCAGCCCGCAAAGGAACAACAGCUGCCCGACUAUCAUUACCACUCCAACAACGAAUUCUGUGAGCUCCAGGGACUACAGCUUUGUCAAUGACGAAAACACCCAGGAGGUGACACUGACAAAAAGCGCCAACGGCCUGGGCUUCAGCUUCGUAAUGUGCGAGCUGGAUCCGCCCACUCGGGACUUUGGCAGCCUGGUCCGGAUAAAGCAGCUUUUCGAUGACCAGCCGGCCCAGCAGAGUGGGAGGAUCCAGGAAGGAGACGUCCUGUUAGCCAUCAACGGCCAGUCACUCAAGGAGCUGUCCUAUCCAAAGGUGCUGAAGCUGUUCAAGUCUUCACCACCUGAGGUCCGACUGACUCUUUGUCGACCUGCGCCUGGGGUCCUUCCGUCCAUUGAUCAGUUAAUCGGCACAUGAGCGACGUCACAGUGUUACACAGCACCUGGAUCAGCGGAUGUUCCGUGUUUCCUGAUCGAUCAGGACGUGGGUGAUGGAGGCCGAGGACAGAGGGAGCGACGGUGGCGUUCAGAUCAUUUCAUGACGACAAUCACAUCGAUGGACUCCGACACUUCACAAAGGUAUACUGAAGAAACAGUGCAGGAGCAGAGAGGUCGGAGGCUGAGUGCGGACAGAUCUGUGGGAGGAAUAAUUAAAUGAAAAUGAAAUCCGCGAAAAGAAGAAGUCGAAGGAAAUAAGAAGAAUCACUGGUAUUUAUUUUUGUUAAAGGCAAAAACUCCAGUUAGUCAAAAUAUGUUGUAUCUUGAAACGGUGAAAGGAAAAAUAAAACAAUCAUCAAC